AUGGAGCUCAACGGGCAGGAAUGUAGGCAGCAGGGAAAUCAGCGGACAGGAGGGCAGGAGGGCACGCAGCAGGCAGGCAGCAGGGAGGUCAGCAAGCAGGAGGACAGGAGGGCAAGCAGCAGGGAGGCAGUAGGGAGUUCAGCGGGUACGAGGGCAGCAAGGCAGGUCAGCGGGUAG